AUGUGCAGAUAUUCGUUUUCUGGGUAUGGCGACUACUCACUGCCACGCCGGGGCGCCGUAGCCGUUCCGGGCAUUCCUCUGUUCCAUCUCGCGCCGGCCAACUAUGACGCUAGAAAGGUUGUCACCUCCCACAUAAACUCCGGGUUCCGUGCCAGCGAGAGAGUAGAGGAGGAGAUCGGGACUCCAGCACUCUCUGUCGGGUUCAUUCCUUCUGCAAAAGGCGGUAAAACUAUCCUCACUCUAGGGCGCAAGGGCGACAUCAUCGUCGAGGGUGGGGAUAUUUCCGAUGUUCAUUGUUCCUUCAAGAUUAAUCCUGAAACUGGAGUGGUGAUGCUCCAUGACAAGUCACAAAAUAACACAACACACGUGCGCGGUCACGCUUUCCAAGGGGGAAGAUCUCGCAAGGUUGCCAUGACCCCUGGAAAGUAUGAAUUUUUCAGAAUCGGCCGUCAUCGCAGUAUCAAAUUCAAGUUGGUAUGGUUCGGCCAUGUUGAGGAAGCUUUAGUAAGUGGCAAGGUCCUCUUCACGGUUCGAAAUCCCGAUGCGCACGUUGAGUCUCGGCCAUUACCCACAGAGAUCAACAGGUGGGCCAAGGCUGGAGUUCUGGGCUCUGGACGCUACGGGAUAGUGCGCAAGGUAAUCGACCUUGACACUGGGGCCGUGGUGGCCCUCAAAACACUCAAGAAGCCCAAGAACCGACCGGAACGGCUUGCCAAGUUUCUUCUUAGGAAGUUUGCUAAGAGCGAGGUGAAGAAUCUGGCAAGAUUGAGACACCCACACAUCGCCAAGUUCAUCUCAGCCAGUGGCUUGGAUGGGCCAAGGCCAGAAAUCUUCUUGAGGAUGGAGGAAGGAAGUCUGGCCUCACUACUCUGCAACACCAAAGGAAUGGAAGAGCCCUCAAAGAGCGAGAGACUCUUGAAAAUCGGAAAAUCGGUCAUGAAACAGAUGCUUGAGGCUUUGCAUUACUUGGAUACCAAAGGAAUCGUCCAUCGCGAUGUCAAGCCCCAAAACAUCCUGUAUAGCACAACACCAAAGGGAAGGUAUUGUUUCGUUCUUUCUGACUUUGGUAACAGCAAGGACGCGUCUGUCUUCUCGCGCAGCUGGCUAUCCGCGGGGACUACGAUAUUCAUGGCGCCAGAGGCAUUCGAAUACUGCGUCAAGUGGACGACCAAGGUUGAUGUCUGGGCGCUCUAUGUGACCAUGCUCGUGGUAUAUGAUAUAGACGGUUUUGCUAAGGACUGCUUGAAGUGCGAUAACCACCACCAAAUCCAUGACCUGGUCCGCAAGAUCAAGUCGAGGAAGCACUCGCUCAUUGAGCCGUUCAGAAAGAUGGCGUCUUGGAAUCCUGAGAAACGGGCCACGGCCAGGCAUAUUCUCAAACAGUGGCCAGCUAUCACAUGGCCCCAUGUUAAUGAAGAGGCAACACUGUCCGAUGGAACAGAAUCUGACAUGAGCGGGAGUUAUUACACGGCAUAUAAGGGAUAUGGAUCUGGUAGAACGGCGUCUGAUGGAUCCAUGUCUGAUCAAACGCUCUCAGACACAUCCAUAGAGACACCCCGCUGGAGACCUCAUACGAUGCCGGCUACUCUUCAGGACAGUGUUCGGCAGUCGCAGAGGGACUUUUUCCGCAAGUAUCAAGUCGUUGAUUCAGACCCAUCUUACGAUACUUGGCCAGAAACGGAAAAAUCAAAGACUCCACGCCGGUAUACCGUCAAGUCCUUCGGGGCGGCGGCCUUUGACGGACCCCGAAGGACUUUGAAUUCACGAGGCGUGCCUGAUAGACGCUCUUGCAAUCUCUAA